GCAAAGGCCAAGCGGUGAAGCUUCCGUGUCAGAAAGGCAGGAGAUAAUGCUGUCUGUCUGUGGCAUUUUGACAUGCAUCGGCCGAACCUGUGCUGCAACAUGUCACUGUUGAUGAUGACAACGCUGUUCCCUGCUUCUCCCGAUGCCGGCAUCUGUAUGUCAAUCAUUCCCCAAGGCAUGUCAAUGACCUCGUAAUUAUCUGCUCACUCGUUGUGUGUAUCCUGAUAUCUACCACAAGAGAGUCUGCAGUACAAUUGGCGAUAAACAUUGUACAUCCGCCGCAAUGGCUCCCUCCGCACUGCCCUUCCCAUCACUCCCCGUCACUCUACCUUGACGAUCCAAACUCCGCUUCCCCAGACUGGACUGGUCUGGUCUGGUCUCUCACCGCAACAGACGUCCCAUAUAUUUAACCUAAUCUUUGUUCCAUUCUCCCUUUGCUCUUCUCGUCCUUCUAGUACCUCACUACCUUUGUUCCUUCCAUUCGCUAUGGGUGCCAAGAUAUUGACCCUUCAGACGACUGACUUGUCUCUGGACAGAUUCCCAGACUACGCAGAUCCUCUUGAAUCUUUUAACCCAUUCGUCACCAUGGCCACCAACGGAACUGCACCGAUUAACAAGCUGGUGUCCCAGAUUCAAGACGAACCAAGCCGUCAUCCUUCGCCUCAGCCAACUCAUUUCUCUAUACCCCAGAGAAGUAACGGCAAUGGACACAGAAUCCUUCGAUCCGCAACCGUUGGGUAUAUUAACCCCGAGUUUGCUGGAAAGGCGGAGCAGAUGAAACAAGUGCGGGAGAUCCUCGUUAAGGAAGGCUGGAUCCCGGAAUCACACGUUGAGGAUCAGCUCAAGUGGUUCUAUACCUCACUGGGCAUUGACGAUGUAUACUUUCAACUUGAAAGAGUCGAAGUCAUAGCGAUCCAUAUUCAGUCUCUCUACGCUGCCAAGGUUGCGGCAAACUCGCGAGUGGACAAACGCGAAGAAAUUCGAUUAGAUAUGGAGGCCACGGACCACGCUAUCUACAUUGACACGAGCGAGCCGGGCAAGACCAACAUGGGCGGACCCCGGUACGAGCAGCGUCUCGAAGCCAAGUACCUGGACAACACCGACAACAAACGCUUCCGGGUGGAGACAUUCCGUUCCACUGGCACCUUGUCGCCCGAGGCCUCGUCCAAGACGUCUUUACGUUGUUACUUUGUGUACGAAUGCCAGUUCGUUGACUCGAACCCCGCCCCAGAAGAGACCCGGCUUGAGGUUAUCAGCGACCGUAUGUUUCUGAACAAGGCGACAAGGAACACGAAGCAGAUCUACGAAGAGAUUAUCAAAUUAGCAGUCAGUAGAACUGGUCCUGUCAUUGAGGUAUUCGACAUCGAGGGUUCCCAGGAGAAGCGGUUGGUGGUGGCGUUCCGCUCGCGAACAGCUAGGGGCAUGUUCAGCGCGCUGAGCGAUCUCUACCACUACUAUGGUGUCACGAGCACCAGAAAAUACGUCGAGCAAUUCUCCAACGGCAUCACCGUCAUGAGUUUCUACCUCAAGCCCGCCGCCCACCUGGAAGCCGAUGUGCCGCCCAUUGAGCAGUCGAUCCACCAGAUCACCAAGGAGAUAUCCCUCCUUUACUGCAUCCCCCAGAACAAACUGCACUCUCUCUUUGCGUCUGGUUUGCUGAGUCUCCAAGAAGCCAUCUACGGACAUUGCGUCUGGGUCUACGUGCAGCACUUCCUCAAUCGACUUGGGUCUGAGUAUGCCUCUCUAUCGCAGGCGUUGGAUCCCAACAAGAACGAGCACGCGGAGAUCCUGUCCAAGCUGAAGCGCCGUCUCCGUACCGAGACCUUCACUCCGGACUAUAUCCUCGAAAUCAUCAUGAACUACCCCGAUCUUGUCCGUGCCUUGUAUGCAUCCUUCGCCAAUGUGCAUCUGAGUGUUGGUGCUGGCUUCGAGAGACAGUUCAUUGCACCUACCCCUGCGGUGGAUGUCAUGUCGGACGCCCGACUGAAGGAGAAGAUCACUCGCGACGUAUCUAACGAGCACGAGGAGAUGGUCAUGACCGCCUUCAGAAUCUUCAAUACUUCCAUUUUGAAGACCAACUACUUCACCCCGACCAAGGUUGCUCUGAGUUUCCGACUUGACCCCUCUUUCCUGCCCGAGUUUGAAUAUCCCAAACCCCUUUACGGCAUGUUCCUUGUCAUCAGUGCAGAAUCCCGAGGUUUCCACCUCCGAUUUAAGGACGUCGCUCGUGGUGGUAUCCGGAUUGUCAAGUCUCGUUCGAAGGAGGCAUACUCAAUCAACGCCAGGAAUCUGUUUGACGAGAACUAUGGUCUGGCUAGCACACAGCAACGCAAGAACAAGGACAUUCCGGAGGGCGGAUCCAAGGGGGUCAUUCUCCUCGACGCGAAGCAGCAGGACAAGGCCGAUGAGGCCUUUGAGAAAUACAUCGAUAGUAUCCUCGACUUGCUACUCCCUGCUCAGACGCCAGGUAUCAAGAACCCACUGGUGGAUCUUUACCACAAAGAGGAGAUCCUGUUCAUGGGACCGGACGAGAACACUGCAGACCUGGUAGACUGGGCAACCGAGCAUGCCCGCGCUCGCGGGGCUCCUUGGUGGAAGUCCUUCUUCACUGGGAAAUCUCCCAAGCUGGGUGGUAUCCCUCACGAUGCCUACGGCAUGACGACACUCUCAGUCCGAGAGUACGUGAAGGGUAUCUACCGCAAGAAGGAGCUCAACCCUGCCGAGGUCAAGAAGAUGCAGACUGGCGGGCCAGAUGGCGACUUGGGAAGCAACGAGAUCCUGCUAAGCAACGAGAAGUACACAGCCAUCGUCGAUGGUGCGGGUGUGCUUGUGGACCCCAAUGGAAUCAAUAAGGACGAGCUUGUCCGUUUGGCUAAGGGCCGACUCAUGAUCUCUCAUUUUGACAUCUCCAAGCUGUCAAACGACGGAUUCCGGGUGCUUUGCGAAGACACCAACGUCAAGCUUCCCACUGGUGAGGUGAUUGCCAACGGCACCGCGUUCCGCAACACCUACCACCUGCGAGACAGCGGCCUGACCGACUGCUUUGUGCCUUGUGGUGGCCGUCCCGAGUCGAUCGAUCUGGUGUCUGUUGGCAAGCUCAUCAAGGACGGAAAGUCGACCGUACCCUACAUUGUGGAGGGUGCCAAUCUAUUCAUCACUCAGGAUGCCAAGUUGCGCCUAGAGGAGGCUGGGUGUGUCCUGUUCAAGGAUGCAUCUGCCAACAAGGGCGGCGUGACGUCUUCAUCCCUCGAAGUGCUUGCCUCGCUCAGCUUCGACGACGAAGGCUUUGUCACGCACAUGUGUCAUAACGCCAAGGGUGAGGCACCUGCAUUCUACAAGGCUUAUGUCCAGCAGGUCCAGGCAACCAUCUGCGAGAAUGCCCGCCUGGAGUUCGAGGCCAUUUGGCGGGAGCAUGAGCAGACGGGCAUUGCCCGCUCAAUCCUCUCAGACAAAUUGUCGAAUGCCAUCACGGAACUGGACGAAGAGUUACAACACUCUGACCUGUGGAAGGACGAGAAGAUUCGCCAGGCCGUGCUGACUGACGCCCUACCCAAGCUCUUGCUGGACAAGAUCGGCCUGGACACCAUUGUCUCCCGUGUUCCCGAGGCAUAUCUGCGUGCCAUCUUUGGCAGCUACCUGGCAUCCCGGUUCGUCUAUGAGUUUGGUUCUCAGCCCAGCCAGUUUGCCUUUUACGACUUCAUGGCGAAAAGAAUGGCCAACAUCAAAUAAGCGUCCCAGUACGAAGUUUGGUGCAACGGCGACAGACGUGUCUCCAGCCGUGAUAUGAACGAAGGGAAGGCAGGAUGGAAACAACCGUAUCUAGCGGUUUAGUCUGGGCGAUGGUGUUUCAAAAACCAUGAGCACAAAACAUGGCUUAUGUGAUGAGCGAUGAACAGGAUAUUUCCUUUUUGCAACGGCGUCAUGGAAGUUCAACGGAGAGUUAAUAGACUAGCGAUACACGGACUGUAUGAUUUGCUCUCCUUGAUAGCCUCAUAGAUGUUAGAUGAGCAUGCAUAUAUAGCAUAGCUGAAAUUCAUUUCUAAUCUACCUCG